GUAAUCGGUGCUGUUUCACUGGCGAAGGAGCCGCGUGCAUCGUCUGUCUGGUCUUAUUGUCGCGAUGCCGAAAGUCAAGAAAAGAAACAGGCAGAAAAAGUACAACUACAAUGUGAACCGCAAAAAACAGAACAGGGCUUUUCGCAAGCGGGCGAAACCCCGUAUAAAAUGUUCCGAAAUCCGACAUGCCUGGGACCGCACAAAAUCUGUAUCACAGAACCUGGCUGAAAUGGGCUUGGCUGUUGACCCAAACAAGGCUGUUCCCAUUCCAAAGUUAAUGCAACCGGUGAUGAGAAUGGAAAUUGAUGGACAGGAAAAAAAGACAAAAAUUGUGCGGAAGCCAUAUGUACUAAACGAGUUGGAAUAUCAAGCCAGCCUCCCAGAGAAGAAGUCAGAGACCCUCUCCAGAGAUCUCAUUGACUACGUUCAGCACAUGAUCCGGAAUCAUGGUGAAAACUACAAGGCUAUGGCUCGUGAUGAGAAGAACUACUACCAGGACACACCAAAGCAAAUAAAGGGGAAGAUCAGUGUAUAUAAACGCUUCUACCCUGAGGAGUACCAAGCUUUUUGUGCCUCUCUGCAGCAGGAAAAGAUGGACCACAAAUGACUUACCACAGCAGUGGGAAGAAGCACCUGCAAUUCAUUCUAGUGUUCAGAAAGUGCAGCUUAUGUUAAAUGUAAUCUUACAAUUUGGUGAGAGAACACAGGACAAUGUCUGCACAGAUGGGACUCUUGGUCCGGACUGGUGCUGCGAAGGGAGCAUUGAUUUUA